UCCAAGAUCUCCUCCCCGAGCAGGCCACUCAUCUUCUCCGGCGAUGUCUGGGCGCGGCAAGGGAGGCAAGGGGCUCGGCAAGGGCGGGGCGAAGCGCCACCGCAAGGUUCUCCGCGACAACAUCCAGGGGAUCACGAAGCCGGCGAUCCGGAGGCUGGCGAGGAGGGGCGGCGUCAAGCGCAUCUCCGGGCUCAUCUACGAGGAGACCCGCGGCGUGCUCAAGAUCUUCCUGGAGAACGUCAUCCGCGACGCCGUCACCUACACGGAGCACGCCCGCCGCAAGACCGUCACCGCCAUGGACGUCGUCUACGCGCUCAAGCGCCAGGGCCGCACCCUCUACGGCUUCGGCGGCUAAGCCUGUGCAGCGCCGCUCGCCGGGAGUCUCCGCCUCGAAAGCUGCACUCUUGCUGCCUUUGUUUAGAUCUUUUUGCUGUAGCUUUGGCUCUGCGAGUGUAGAAACGUCCGGAUAUGCCAUGUGUGUGCUAGUAUUAGGAUUAGCAGUGUCCCAACUCCUGGCUGUGAUUUGUUGAUUCCCAUAGAUGCAAUGACAAGAAGAUUUCAAUCCAA